AUGGUGGAGGAGGGACGGCUGCGGCUCAGGAAGGGCGCGCUGGAGUUUCUGGACGAGUGCUUGCUCGAGGAGAACGCGCGGGUGGUGCGACCGAGACCACCGCACGAUAUGCCACGUCAUAUCCCCCCGCUGCGAGCCGCCGCCAUCUCCGUCUCGGACGCGAACGAGAUCGUCGACGGCGCGAGCCUCUCUUCUCUCUCGGCGGCGGCGACGACGACGACGGCGCCGGCGGCGGGCGCGGGAGCCGGCGCGGGCGCGGGCGCGGGCGCGGCGGCGAGCGCUUCGAACGACGCUUCGAGAGCCGAUGAUUCCGGGAAGAACGCGAAGUCGAAUUUGGACGAAGACGACGCGCUCGACGCCGUCGGGGACCACGCGGCGGCGCACGACGAGGCGUGGGAGGCGGCGCGGCGAGAGAUGCAGGCGACGAUGAAGGCGCGCAAGGGCGAGCUCCUCGCCGCGGAGCGGCAGAGCUUCGCCAGCGACGUCAUCGUGGACGCGUCGGUGUUUUGCAACUCCACGCGCUCGGUGAUCAACGCGGGGAGUCUUCGCGGGAUAUUGGAGAAGAAGGGCGUGCGCGCGGACCGGUGCGUGUUCGUCGGCGCCAGCCGCGCGACGGCGACGGAGGCGAACGCGGCGGGCGUCUUCAACGUGGUGUGCCGCACGGCGAACCAGGCGGACUCGCAGAUCGUCGGCGUCGCCAUGGUCGUGGACGACUUCGGCGGCGGCGGAGGGCUCACGCUGCGGUACGUCAAGGCGAGGAUGGCCAGCUGGACGGGCGAGACCGUGGGGGGAAGCGAGAUUUGAUUGAAGGAGUAUCGUAAGUUGUUGUUACGAAGGUACUUUCGAAAGUACUUAUUA